AGUAGUAGAAAGUGAGCUUUCUUAUUUGGUUGCGUUUCAGAGCUAUUAAUGAGAGAGUGGACACCAUAAACCAUUAUACAGAAUCAUAAAGUCGUUAACAAUGGAGUUUUGGACCUGCUUUAUCCUCUUUCUUUGGGUCGUCUUCUUCAUUUCUAGCCUUAAAUCAAAGAUCAGAACUACAUCAAAGCUACCUCCGGGACCAAAUCCUCUGCCGCUCAUCGGAAAUCUCUUGGAUCUCGGCCACAAGCCUCACAAAUCGCUCGCCGCCAUGGCUGAAGUACAUGGUCCAAUUAUGAGUUUGAAACUCGGACGAGUUACCGCCGUCGUUGUUUCUUCUUCCGCCAUGGCUAAAGAGGUCCUACAAACAAACGAUCAAUUUUUGUGUAACAGAACCAUUCCGGAUGCGCUUACAGCUCACGACCACAACGAAGUUGGAUUUCCAUGGAUUUCUGUUUCUCCUCUCUGGAGAAACUAUCGCAAAAUAUGCAACAACACGUUGUUCGCCGGAAAAAUUCUCGACACGAAUGAGAAUCUUCGUCGGAAGAAAGUGGAAGAGCUUGUGGAGAUUGUUCGGAAGAGCGCGUCGAACGGCGAGGCGGUCGAUUUGGGGAGAUUGGUGUUUGCGACGACGUUGAAUUUACUGUCCAACACAAUUUUCUCUGUCGAUCUAGCAGAUCCGAAUUCGGAAUUAGCGAAAGAGUUCAAGAAAUACGUUUGGGGAAUGUUGGAAGAAGCUGGAAAACCAAAUUUGAGCGAUUAUUUCCCUGUGUUGAGGAAGUUCGACAUUCAAGGAAUGAGGAAGAGGAUGAAGAUUCAUAUGGGAAAUAUCUUGAAUCUUUUGGACUCAAUGAUUAAACAGAGGAUGAAACAACAAGAAUUGAAUCCUGAUUCUGUUCCAAAUAAUGAUAUGUUGCAUUAUCUUCUCAAUAACGAAGAGAUCGACGCCAAAAUCGAUGAAAAUCAAACCAUGCAUCUACUACUCGUUCUGUUCGUGGCCGGCACAGAUACAACUUCAGCGACAUUGCAAUGGGCAAUGGCGGAGCUAUUGAGGAAUCCAGAGAAACUAACGAAAGCUCAAAAGGAAAUUAGGAAAGUUAUAGGGAAGAACAAACCAAUGGAGGAAGCGGACAUUCCGAGGCUGCCAUAUCUGCAAGCGGUGGUGAAGGAAACUUUCCGAUUACAUCCAGCGGUUCCGUUGUUGCUACCGCGUAAGGCGCAACAAGAAGUGGAAAUUGGAGGUUUCACAAUCCCUAAAGACGCUCAAAUUAUGAUAAAUGCAUGGGCGAUCGGAAGAGAUCCGAGGAGGUGGGAGAAUCCGGAAUCGUUCGAACCGGAGAGGUUUGUGGGAUCGGAAAUUGACGUCAGAGGGCGGAGCUUCGAGAUUAUUCCGUUCGGCGGUGGGAGGAGGAUUUGCCCUGGGAUUCCAUUGGCGAUGAGAAUUAUGCAUUUGAUGUUGGGUUCAUUGAUUAGUUUCUUUGAUUGGAAGGUUGAAGAUGGAUUUGAGGUGAAGAUGGACGAUAAAUUUGGCGUCACUGUGGAAAUGGCUCAUCCACUUCGAGCCAUCCCUUCGCUAAUUAUUUAAAAUAGAAACAAACUUUGAUGUCAAUCAUAGUUUAUUAGCUCGAAAAUUUAAAACCCAUGAGGGAAAAUUUCCUAUCCAAGCUUCAGAGAGAAGAUUGUAUCUAGCCUUUUUCGCGAUAUCUUCUGCUAUAGAACUACAUUCUCUAGACAUAAAAGAGAGAAAUUUCUUCAAAAGAA